CACUCCAAAAAAUCUUGAAAUUAUUUGCAGAUUCGUCACCUGAAGAACGAGAGUUCAAUCAAAAUUAUGAGUUUUACGAUGAAAUUGAAGUCUGCGCUUCAAGGGAAUGUCGAGCUACAGCGGCACGCUGGCGCGAGGCGAUGGAUUUGACUGUGGAUCCGUGCGAAGAUUUCUUCCAAUACGCGUGUGGGGGAUUUAUUGCAAAAAACCCGGUCAACAACGCUAAUUCUAUUAAUUCUCGGGAACAAAUUACCAACGUUCAAUCAAGCCUUAAAUUUAUGAACUCCAAAUUAAUAAAAAUGCUCCUAGGUGAAUCCUACCAGGAGGAAUUGAGAAAAGCACGAGAAUUCUUCGCAGAUUGUACUUCCAAAAAUAAUUUGCCGAACACCGCGACCUUGUCAACUUUUGAAGAUAGAUUACAAAAUUGCACCUUUCUCACGAUACACAACUUCAGGUGGCCCGUAGGUUCAUCGUUCAUAAAGCAGAACCCGCACGAGGAAACUGUUGGAGCGGUUCGGAUCAUGAUGGACGCAAUCAAGUCUGAAUUUUGGAAGAUUGUGAACGACAGCGAGUGGAUGGAUGAAUCUAGUUUACAUGAAACAGCAAUGAAAAUAUUAAAUCUGACCGAAGUAAUUGGCUACCAUCCUUCGUAUUUAACCGAAAGUGAAGAGCAGCGGGGAGAUCACAAUAUAAGGCUACGGAGUCCGUUCGCCGAGGAAGCUACCUACUACAAAUUCACAAAUAUUUUGUUUGUGCCGCUGUGGACUAUGUCUCAGCCAUAUUUCAAUCUUGGACUUGAUGUGUUAAACUAUGGUGCAAUCGGAGCUACCAUCGGCCACGAAUUUGGGCAUUUGUUCGCCUCGUACACUGUUAGCACGACCGGAAGAUCUAAUUUUAUUUGGCCAGUGGAAGUCAGAGAAAUAUUUUACAAGAAAGAGGAUUGCAUCGCAGCUCAAUACGCAGAGGAGUUCAAAACGUUUAUGUCCUUUUGGAAAAACAAAAAUUAUGCCAUUGAUGGCAUUGACACCUUGGAUGAGAAUCUUGCUGACUACGUCGGUCUGAAAGCAGCUUUCUACGCCUACAAGCGACUCAACCGUUCAAAACGCAAGCUGGUGGACUUCGAAAACUACUCUACAGAACAGCUAUUCUUCCUUUCUAAUGCAAACCUUAUGUGCGCGAGUGAAACAAAGGAAUACAUUAAAUUCGCCAUAAUAUACGAAAAACACAGCCCUUCCCGGUACAGAGUCAAUUUGCCGAUGGCAAAUUUCGACGAGUUCGCCAAGGCGUGGAAAUGCCCCUUAGGAUCCAAGAUGAAUCCUCCUGACAAUGAGAGGUGCGUUGUUUGGUAGACGUCAACGAUUAAUUUUGAUGUUCAUUUUAUUGUUUGGCUUAAUAAACUGGGGAGUAUUAUUUACCGUG